CCCUGCAUUCACUAUAUCUGGUCUCCCCGGACCCUGCAUUCACUAUAUCUGGUCUCCCCGGACCCUGCAUUCACUAUAUCUGGUCUCCCCAGACCCUGCAUUCACUAUAUCUGGUCUCCCCAGACCCUGCAUUCACUAUAUCUGGUCUCCCCGGACCCUGCAUUCACUAUAUCUGGUCUCCCCGGACCCUGCAUUCACUAUAUCUGGUCUCCCCAGACCCUGCAUUCACUAUAUCUGGUCUCCCCAGACCCUGCAUUCACUAUAUCUGGUCUCCCCGGACCCUGCAUUCACUAUAUCUGGUCUCCCCGGACCCUGCAUUCACUAUAUCUGGUCUCCCCAGACCCUGCAUUCACUAUAUCUGGUCUCCCACAGACCCUGCAUUCACUAUAUCUGCUCUCCCACAGUACACACAAACAUGGAAAUGCUAUUAUUUUAGUAAAUAUUAACUGCUAAAUACCUUUUCUCAUCAGCAGUAUAUAGCAGUAUUGUGA